UUCUCCCGUCCUCCUUGCUUGGAGUUCUGGACUUUAAAGGUCCCAGAAAGAUGUCAACACUUCUGUGGACCUUCUACGGCACAGACAUCAUGCGCAGGAACGAGAUGUCUCUGGCCAACCCCAACCUGAAUGGCACACUCUUCACCAAUGGGGCAGCUCCUUCCAGCUCCAACUUCGCGCCUGGCUUCAUCCCGCCGCCUUCAUCCAGCAACCCCCAAGUGCUCGACCACCUGGCUCCGAGAGCCUUCAACUACACCGAAGGCUGCUCCUCCAGCUUCCUGAGAGGCGCUAACAGCUGUGGUAACGGCCAGUUGGGGGCGACCGGCUCGAUCUCUCAAGGCGCUCCCCUGGAGCCCUCGGGUGCUUAUGCAGUACGGCAGUUCCACCCGGAGAACAGCCAGCAUAGCCUGCAGCAGCGGCCACCUCAGCAGCAGAAGGCAAGUAGCUCUAACUCCACAGUCACUUCGGAGCGCUACAAGACCGAGCUGUGUCGGCCCUUUGAGGAAAGCGGCAUUUGCAGGUACGGCCACAAAUGCCAGUUCGCGCAUGGUUCCCGCGAGCUGCGUACCCUGUCGAGGCACCCCAAGUACAAGACUGAGCCUUGUCGCACCUUCCACAGCGUUGGCUUCUGCCCCUAUGGCACUCGUUGCCACUUCAUCCACAACCAGCAAGAGCAUCAACCUGUGCUUUCUGGGAGCACCUCAGGGGAGCAGAGCUCCGCCAAUGGUUGUGAUGCGGGGCACUUGGGCUUGAACGGGGAGCCACAGCCGAGGCUGCAGACCGUCAGCUCUGCCAGCUCUUCCGGCUUACCAUCGGGCCAUAGCCAUCCUCUUGAGGCGCCUGUGCUGGUCAACCAACCGACGAUGAACUCAGGUAUGCUUCUGCCGUCAUCAUACCCGGGGGCCACAGUCCCCUCGACAUGCUGUGCCGCUGUGGCUGCGGCUUCUGAGGCUGCUUCUGCAGCUGCUGUGUUCUACCGCAAUGGCGGAGUGCCGUGCACCACCUGUGCCAACAAUACCUUCGCCUUCGGUCAGGGGAUGGGUGGCUACAUGGCGCCUAUGACAUUCCAGAACCAAAACUUGGCCGCAGCGAAUGCCGCUGCCUACUAUCACAGCCAGCAGCAGAGCCUGGCGGCUCCAGGGCAAUUCCAGAUGCCCAUGGUCCGCCCUCCAGCCGCCGUCGCCCCCACGGCCGCCGCUGCCAUUGCUCCAGGGGCUGCCUCUGCCACCUUUGCCACCCCUGGCACCACCGCAGCAGCUAUAGCUGGCCCUGCUGGAACAGCAGCUGCUCACGCCACCUCCUCUGCCACGAUCACUGACGCCACUGUUGCUGAAGGUUCUGCGCAGUACUUGAGCCUCCAGUUGCCAGAUGCCCAGUCCGAGUCGCCAGAGUUCGAUGUGCUCACCAGCAACCUGGAUUCCCUGUUGGGCACCAACAGCUUUGACAACCUUUUGAGUUGCUCCUCGAGCUCCAGCAGCCCCAACGGCAUCGAAUCUCCCAGCGCUCAACCCAGUCGCCGCCUGCCUAUCUUCAGUCGCCUCUCGGACUCUGAUAAAUGAGGCAAAAAGGUGUCAAUGAUGAGGAGAGACUAUGCGGGGGUGUUGGGGGAAAUCCUUUGCUUGUCUCUCACCUACUGAGUGCACUGGGGUCAGAGAGAUGACAAAGCCACAGGCAGAUUUGAGGGGCUCAUUGAAAGCUUGCACUUAAACUCUGUUGGGAGAGACCCCAUCCUUCUGUUUGAGUUUUCUUGUUUUGGUGUUUAUUAUUUUCAUUGUUAUUAGGGAGUUUAAUUCUUGUUGAAAACAAAAGGCAAGAAACUUUUUGUGUUAAGCAAUGAAGAGUUGUAAUGCAGAUAAAAUAAACAAAAAACCCACAUCCUUUUUAGGUCUCAAUUCGAGACACUAUGUAAAACAAAUUAGUCUAGCACUCUCCUUUUUUCUCUCUUGAAAACCUUAAUUACAUCACAGAUGUGGGAAUUUGUACCUUGCAGUGAAUGACUAAUAUUUGUCUCAGACCAGUGUCAGCAAACCAGCUGACAACCAUCACCUUGCCAUACUUUCAGAAUCCAAUAAUUUGCCGUGAGUAUGCCUUCCUAGUAAUGCUCAGCUUCUCUGUUGUCUGUGGCUAUUUUAUUUUUGAAAAUAAUAAAUGUCUUGGGGGUGAGAAACGCUUGCCUUCCAAAACUUGAUAAUGGCUUCGUUGCCACCACUUAUGGAUGAAUGGCUUAGGAGCAUUCUGUCUACUCUCUGGAAGCCUUGGGAAGAGAUAAGUUUAAAUUGUUUGAGAAUAACUGCUUAAGUUUUAUGUGUUUUGAGUUGAUUUGCACUUAUGUGCCACGAGUCAAUAUGAAGAAAACCAUUUGUUUAUAAUCUAGUAAGAGUAUAUGCUUAUAGUUCUGUUUGCGCUCUGAUUAUCUAGCUGAUGAAAAGUAAUACCUGCAUUUUUUAAUGUUACAUUAUGAUUGCCAUUAUUAACUGGUAAAAUGUAGAGUAUAUACUUUUCAAGGUCAUAUAUAUCUUUUGUAACCUCACUUAAAUAAUGAACAAAAAUAGCUUAUUAAAUGCGUUCUUUCAAAGUUUCAUA